AGCCAAAGGCUGUUGAUCAAAUCUGCAAACUCUGUGUUAAAUUUCAUAAAAGAAUAUUUUCGUUCAAAAACAAUGAUAUAAUAAUGAUGAGAGGAUUCCCAAAAUAUUAUCUUCUGAUUUUUUUGACUGCAAACAGUUUUUUGGAAACAACGCCGGAUUUUAUGGACGGCCUGAAAUACUUGCUCUAUCAGCCCCGUGCACUUUUGAACGAAUUGCGUAAAAGCAGCAGCCAUUCUCGCGUGAGACGUCAAGAGGUAACUGUUGCUCCGACCCCCGCCGUUCCACCCCAAUACGGCUUUGUUUGCUCCGCGGACGCCUUUAGGAGAAUGGACGGGUGCUGCAAAGUGCCGCGGUUGUACACGGAAAGUGUGAACAAUAUUUGCACACCGCAGCAGCUUGUGCGAACCCUGCCUCUGUGGCAAGGAAUUUUCGGCGCAUUGUUCGGUCCAGUCAGGGUUCCAUAUCGGAAAAGUUUGGCUUCCAAAAACAGCACCAUAAAGUCCAAGAUUGAAGACAUAUGUAGGGUUCACUGCAUAUUCAAGCAAAGAAGAUGGCUUGCUCCAGAAAAUUUCAUCGACGAAAAUUUGCUGUAUCUGGAUUUAGCUGUAAUUGUUCCACCCGGACCCUUCAACAAUUUACUUAAUUACGCCAGAGUGGAGUGCAGCUCAAUUCAGGGAUAUGGAGAAAUAACGGCGCACGUCAAUAAUACUUUUGGUCAGAAGUGCAUGCUAGGACCCUUCAGACUUUUGAGAUGCAUAAAAAGAUCCAUGAUUUUGGCGUACUCUACAUGUCCCGGCCAAAUUGAAUCCAGUCAGAGAUGCGACUUAGCCAGAAACGAACUGAAAAGUUGUGACAUUUUUUCCAUAUAAAAGUUUGUAAUUAACUGGCUGCUGUAAAUAAUACAAAAA